AGAGUCUCAAGUUCCUGUUGUGUGCUAUCUGUCCAUCUUCCGGCCUGAAAGGGGAGUCAGAGAAAGAAGAAAAGAUGGCAGUUUCUCGGGUGUAGUGGUUGCUGUCAAGCCAAGAGACCUGUCUUGUGGAGUUACAUCACAGUCUGAAGAUACUGCUUCUUUUAAUUUUCUGGCCUGAAAAGAAAUUGAGAGAAAUAGGGAGAAAUGACAGUUUCUCAGUGUUCAGUGACCUAUGAAGAUGUAACAGUGAUAUUCACUCAAGAGGAGUGGACACUAUUAAAUUCUUCAGAGAAGAAACUCUACAGAAAUGUGAUGUGUGAAAACUUUAGAAACAUUCUGUCGAUAGAACAGUUACAAGAGGAUCAUUCCAUCAAAGAGCAGUAUAACCACCAAGGAAGUAAAAGUAAAACAUUCAGUCAAACCGGUGAUCUUCGGCGACAUGAAUGUAAACAGUGUAGGAAAACAUUCAGUUUUCGCAGUAAACUUCAGACACAUGAAAGAACACACAGUGGAGAGAAGCCCUAUGAAUGUAAACAGUGUAGGAAAACAUUCAGUCAAAGCGGUACUCUUCGGAAACAUCAAAGAAUACACAGUGGAGAGAAACCCUAUGAGUGUAAACAAUGUAGGAAAACAUUCAGUGAUAAUAGUGCUCUUCGGAAUCAUGAAAGAACUCACAGUGGAGAGAAGCCCUAUGAAUGUAAACAGUGUAGGAAAACAUUCAGUCGUUCCAGUACUCUUAGGAUACAUGAAAGAUUGCACAGUGGAGAGAAACCCUAUGAAUGUAAACAAUGUAGGAAAACAUUCAGUUUUUCCAGUAAACUUCAGACACAUGAAAGAACGCACAGUGGAGAGAAGCCCUAUGAAUGUAAACAAUGUAGGAAAACAUUCAGUCAAUCUGGUUAUCUUCGGAUACAUGAAAGAACUCACAGUGGAGAGCAUCCCUAUGAAUGUCAACAAUGUAGGAAAACAUUCAGUUUUCCCAGUUUUCUUAGGAUACAUGAAAGAACUCACAGUGGAGAGAAACCCUAUGAAUGUACACAGUGUAGGAAAACAUUCAGUUGUUCCAGUGCUCUUCGUGUACAUAAAAGAAUUCACAGUGGAGAGAAGCCCUAUGAAUGUACACAGUGUAGGAAAACAUUCAGGCAAUCCGGUCAUCUUCGGACACAUGAACGAACUCACAGUGGAGAGAAACCCUAUGAAUGUCAACAGUGUAGGAAAACAUUCAGUGUUUCCCGUUCUCUUUGGCUACAUGAAAGAAUGCACAAUGGCGAGAAGCCCUAUGAAUGUAAACAGUGUAGUAAAACAUUCAGUCGAUCCAGUCAUCUUCGAACACAUGAAAGAAAGCACACUGGAGAGAAGCCCUAUGGAUGUAAACAGUGUAGGAAAACAUUCAGUUGUUCCAGUAGUCUUUGGAGACAUAAAAGAACGCACAGUGGAGAGAAGCCCUAUGAAUGUAAACAGUGUAGUAAAACAUUCAGACAAUCCUGUCAUCUUCAGACACAUGAAAGAUCUCACAGUGGAGAGAAAGUCUUGGAAUGGAAACAAUGUAGUAAAGCCUUUGGUGAUUCCUCUACUCAUCAGGUACUUGAAAGAACUCACAGUGGAGAGCAAGCCUAUGAAUAUAGAUGAUGCAGUGGAACAUUCAGUCAAUUCAGUCAUCUUUAAUCACAAGAAAUAAUGCACAAUGGAGGGAAACCCUAGUAUUAUAGACAAUACAGAAAACCUUUCAGUUCUUCCACUACUCAUAAAGCAUAUGAAAAUAAGCACAUAUACAUGUAGCAACCUGGGUUA